AUGGUCUUCGCAUCGAUAGAUCAAGCGCUUCAAAACGCAACUCCAACUCUUUUUCAAAAAGCCAAACCAAGAGAGCAAAAAGCUUCGGACUGGGACGACGAUGUUAGAGAUCCUUGGGACGCACGGGAAGUGUUUGAGUUGAUUCGAGAAAUCAGAGAUCCCGAGCAUCCCAUGUCUCUUGAAGAGCUUGGUGUCGUUCAGGAAGAGUUGAUCACUGUUAACGACGAGGAAAACGAGAUAAAUGUGACUUUUACACCGACGAUUCCGCACUGCUCGAUGGCAACGCUGAUCGGUUUAUCCAUCUCAGUCAAACUGAUCCGCUCCUUGCCGCGAAGGUUCAAAGUCAACCUGGCCAUUACUCCCGGAACGCACGCACAGGAGCACCAAGUAAACAGGCAGCUAAAGGACAAAGAACGCGUAGCUGCUGCCCUUGAGAAUCCAAAUCUAAUUAAAGUUGUAAAUAACUCGCUGAUAAAAACUGUGGAGGAAAUCGAUCUUGACGAUGAUUUCUGA